UGUACUUGACACCCCAGACGCUUAAAUUCUUCUGGAAACCAAAGCCCCCAAUAAAUCGAUGCGCGCUUAAAUUUCAUGAACCUAUUCUGACCAAAAAUUAGGGUUUCGCCUCUCCAAUGGUGGGCGUGAUGAUGAUGUCCACCGCCAAUUCCAACGAACGCCUCACCCGCCUCAUGGACUCCGCCGUCGUCGCUGUCGACAUUCCCUCCAAGCUCGACCGCCUCACCCAACUCAAGCGAGAUUUGCUCCGCCGAGACCCCGCCUUCAUCUCGGAGCUCCUCCCUCGCCUCUUCGAGCUUCAGUCCGACCGCUUCAGCCCCGUCCGGAAAUUCGCCACCGAAAUGCUCGGCGAGAUCGGAUUGGUGCACGUCGAUUUUGUGCCGGAGAUUGUGACGUCGUUGAUUAAUGCGUUGAGUGAUGACACACCGGCUGUGGCUCGCCAGGCCAUUUCUAGUGGUAGUGAUUUGUUCCGCUGUGUUCUAGAGAAGGUUGCACUUCAGGGUCUGCAUUCUAGUGAGUUGGACAGUUUGCUUGAGUCGGCGUGGUCCUGGAUGUUAAGGUUGAAGGACGAGAUAUUCUCGAUAGCUUUUAAGCCAGGAAGCGGCGGAGUAAGGUUGCUGGCGCUGAAGUUUGUCCAAGCAGUUGUUCUUCUUUACACUCCUGAUCCUAAUGGCUCCCAAGAGCCCCCGGCUCAUGAAGGACACUCGGUGGAAUUUAAUAUAUCUUGGCUUCGGGGUGGUCAUCCCCUACUCAAUGUUGGAGAUUUGUCAAUUGAGGCUAGUCAAAGUUUGGGCUUAUUGCUUGAUCAACUAAGGUUCCCAACUGUGAAGUCACUUGGUAACUUGGUCAUCGUUGUGCUCAUCAAUGGUCUUUCAGCAAUUGCGAAGAAUAGGCCUGCCUUUUAUGGUCGCAUUUUGCCUGUAUUACUUGGGUUUGAUCCCUCAUCUGCUGUCAUUAAUGGGAUACGUGUCUCAGGAGCACACUAUGCCUUAAAAAAUGCCUUCAUUACCUGCUUAAAAUGUACUCACCAGGGGGCUGCCCCGUGGCGAGAUCGUUUAGUUGGGGCAUUGUCCAAGAUGAAAACUGGAGGCUUGGUAGAGCAGGCCAUUUAUCCAGUCUGCAAUAUUAAUGGAAGUGUGGAGGAGGAUCAGAACAAUUCUCGAAUUAUUAAGGAAGAGGAGCCCACAAUUAGAAUAUCUACUGUCGUCCAAAGUAACUUUGGGAGAAAACGACUGGGAACACCAGACAGUAGUGAACUUGCUGAGGGUGAAGACGCCUCUGGAAAGCGUAUCAAAACAACACCUAGUGUUUCAGAAGAAUCGGCCAAAGAUAUAGAUAGGAUGUCCGUGUCUCAAGAUGACAUUCCUUCAAGUGGAACAGCCACUUCCAGAGGUAGUGGUGAUAGUGGACCUGUCCAGCAACUUCUUGAUAUGUUUGGCGCAUUGGUUGCUCAGGGUGAAAAAGCGGUUGGUUCUUUAGAGGUUCUUAUCUCGAGCUUCUCUCCUGACAUGCUAGCUGAGGUAGUGAUGGCUAAUAUGUGCAACCUUCCUCCCAAUAUUCCUGGCGCUGAAGGAGAGGAUGUAUCUAUGAUAAACAUGGGUAUCGCCGGUGGUGAUUCUCGGGUCAAAUAUCCCCAAUCGUUUAUUGCCAAUGUGCUCUCUCUUACAAGUACUUUCCCUCCAAUAGCUACACUUCUAGAUGCUAACCAGUUGGUGCCUGAUAAUAUAGUGAAAUCUGAACCAGAGGAAGAGCAGGUAGCAGUAGGUGAUAGUAUUGUUGCAUGUACUGACAUGGAUUAUGAAGCUGAAACUGCUAUGUUGCCAACUACUUUACCAGCUUCACCUAAUGUGUUUUCACCUGAGAUGGAGAAUGAAUGUCCGUCUCUUCCGUCUGAUCUCGAUGACAUAGACGGUCUUGAGAAUGAGAUACCUGGGCUCGAUUCUUCUGCUUGUAAUAGUGGUUUAUCAGAACCUGUGGUCGCAUCCUCAUCGACCUUCAUGGAUGUUGAGGAUGCCAGUCUAGAGCAGGUGAGCAGUUUGAGUCAGCAGCCACUACUCAAUGUACCUCCAUCACUGUCAGCAGAUAAGUCUGAGGAGCUUAGCCCAAGAGGAGCUGUUGCAGAUGUCAACAGCCUGAUAUCUUCAACAGCAACAUCAGUUGGGUUGUCCCAUCAUCUUGUCCUGCCCAAGAUGUCGGCGCCAGUUGUGAUUCUUUCUGAUGAAGAGAAUGAUCGUUUACAAAAAUUGGCUUUUACCCGCAUAAUUGAGGCAUAUAAACAGAUUAAUGAUUCUGGGGGUUCUCAAAUUCGAUGCUCUCUCCUUGUACAUUUAGGAGUUGUGUUCCCUUUGGAGUUAGACCCCUGGAAGCUGCUGCAAGAGCACAUCCUUGCAGAUUAUACAAAUCAUGAGGGACACGAGUUGACGUUGCGUGUGCUAUACAGGUUAUUUGGAGAGGCCGAAGUGGAACACGAUUUCUUUUCUUCUGCAACCGCUACUUCUGUUUACGAAAUGUUCCUUUUAACUGUGGUAGAGACUCUUAGAGAUUCCUUACCACCAUCAGAUAAAUCGUUUAGUAGAUUGCUUGGUGAAGUUCCCUCCUUACCAAAUUCUGUUUUGAAGUUAUUGGAGUGCAUGUGUUCACCUGAAAAUUGCGACAAAACUGGUAAGGAAAUACAAGCUGGUGAUCGGGUGACUCAAGGUCUCAGUACUGUGUGGAGCCUAAUUAUGCAUAGGCCUCCUUUUCGAGAUGGCUGCUUAAAAAUUGCUUUACAGAGUGCAGUUCAUCAUCUGGAGGAAGUGCGUGAGAAGGCUAGACGUCUGGUUGCAAACAAGCUUUAUCCAUUGUCAGCCAUUGCUAAGCAAAUAGAAGAUUUUGCAAUUGAAAUGUUGCUUACUGUGAAAACUGAUGAUGCAAUUGAAAGAACAGAUUCUGAUGGAUCAAAAGUUGAUUCCCAAAAGGAUUCUGAAUCAGAGAAACUUCCAAAUGAACCUCCAGCAGUGAGUGGCAACCAAGAUAUCGCCUCUGACACCCAUCAGUCAUGCAAUUCUCCAAGUGUGUCAUCUCUUUCAGUUGGUGAGGCAAAGAGGUGUUUGUCAUUGUAUUUUGCUCUGUGUACAAAGAAGCAUUCUCUUUUUCGGCAAAUAUUUGCUGUUUAUGGAAAUGCACCAAAGGCGGUUAAGCAGGCAGUUAAUGAUGAUAUUCCAAAACUAGUGCGUACAAUGGGCCCGUCACGAGCUCUUCUUGAUAUUAUUUCAGACCCUCCGGCUGGAAGCGAGAAUCUCCUGAUGCAGGUUUUGCAUAUACUAACAGAUGGGGCAGUUCCCUCUCAAGAGCUGAUACUUACCAUUAGGAAGUUAUACGAUUCAAAACUGAAGGAUAUAGAAAUUCUCGUUCCGAUAUUACCCUUUAUACCAAAGGAUGAGGUUAUGUUUAUCUUUCCCCAACUUGUGAAUCUUCCCCUGGAUAAGUUCCAAGCAGUACUAACUCGCAUAGUACAGGGAUCAUCCCAUUCUGGUCCUCUGCUCGCUCCAUCUGAAGUCUUGAUUGCUAUCCAUGGGAUUGAUCCUGAGAGAGAUGGAAUUCCAUUAAAGAAGGUAACAGAUGCAUGCAGUGCAUGUAUUGAUCAAAAACAGAUAUUCAACCAACAAGUUCUUGCUAAAGUUCUGAAUCAAUUGGUUGAGCAGAUUCCACUUCCUUAUCUGUUCAUGCGUACAGUCUUGCAAACCAUUAAUGCUUUUCCUGCACUGGUGGAUUUUAUAAUGGAGAUCCUCUCUCGACUUGUGAGCAAACAGAUAUGGAAAUAUAAAAAUUUGUGGGUGGGAUUCUUGAAGUGCGCAUUUUUGACAAAACCUCAGUCAUUUGGCGUGUUGCUUCAGCUACCUCCAGCACAGCUAGAAAAUGCAUUGAAGAAAACACCUGCUCUGAAAGUACCUCUGGUCGCCCAUGCUAGCCAACCAGACAUCCGAUCUUCACUUCCGAGGUCUGUAUUGGUAGUUUUGGGGAUUGUUUCAGAUUCUCCGGCACAAACAAGUCAGGCAAACACCGGAGAUGCAAGCAACUUAGACAAGGAGGCAGUCACUGAGAAAUCAAAAGAAGAAUUGUCUAGUGCUUGUUGAAAUGGUUGUUGUCAACUUUAACGUGGAUAAUUUACCAGAGGGCCGCUGCAGAAUUUCAAGCUCCUAAUUAAUCCAAAUAAGUCUAUUGAAAUGCUGAUGGGCAGGCAGACAUGUUUUCGAGCAACCGAUGGAGAACUGAUGCAAUUCUGAAAGAGUGAAUUUUUAUAAGGAAAUAUUGACAGAAUAUGUCAUAGAUUUACCAUGGCCAGUAAGCAUUUAUGUAACAUUUACUGUAUGAAUAGUGGAAUUGAUAUUGUAC